CUAUUUGGAUGUUUGCAAAUUAAUGAAAAUCUUAAAAAAGUUGCUUGCAGGUGAUGUAUUCGCCGCGCAAGGUGCUGCCAGCACCAGAGACGAAUGACUUUGGCUUUCCCUACACGCCCUACGCCAUACAGGAGCAACUGAUGCAGGAGCUCUUCCAGGUGCUGGAGCGCAAGCAAAUCGGCAUCUUUGAGAGUCCUACGGGAACGGGCAAGUCACUGACACUGACCUGCGCUGCCCUCACCUGGCUGCAGCAGCACGAGCAGCUGGUGCGCUCCGAGCUGCUUCAGCGGAUCGAUGAUGUGGAAACAGAACUGCGCACGCUGCAGGCGGCAAGUGCAGAGGCCGAAGAUUGGAUAACAGCGCAGAGUAACACGCUCAAGCAGCGCCAGGAGCUGCAGCAGCUGCAGCGACUGCGUGCACUGCUGCUGGAGAAGGAGCAGGAGCUGGAGCAGAUGAAGCAACGCAAGAAACAACAACAGAGAACGGCGAGAAAGGCAGUUGAUCUGCAGCAGCAGGAGGAGUUACUCCCAGACCCCGAACUUGACUCGGACGAGGAGCCAUCUGAGCUGGAGGCGCAGGUGGAGCCGGAGUUGAGUGAGCAGCGCUUCCGGGAUGUACAGAUCUUCUACUGCAGUCGGACGCACUCGCAGCUGGCGCAGAUUGUGGCCGAGUUGAAGAAGACGCCACAUGGUCGCCAGGUGCGUUGCAUCUCGCUCGGCUCCCGGCAGCAGCUGUGCGUCAAUCCUCAGGUGCGACGACUGCCCAAUGUGGCGCUCAUGAACGAGCGUUGCCUGGACAUGGCGCGCUCCAAGACGCCGGCCAAUCCCAGCAAGAAACCCCGACUGGAGGGGGUGGGUCGCUGUGCUUAUAAGGCGCCUGGACAACUGCAGAGGCUCAGCGAUGUGGCGCUCUGUGAUCCCCUGGACAUUGAGGAGCUGGCCAAGGAAGGCGCCGCAUGUGGCAGCUGUCCCUACUAUGCCACACGUGCUGCCCAGGCGCAGGCACAGCUGGUGCUACUGCCGUAUCCGUUGCUGCUGCAGCGCAGCUCACGCCAGCAGCUGGGCAUCGAUCUGCGUGGCGCCAUCAUCAUUGUGGACGAGGCACACAAUCUGCUGGACACGAUUGCCCAGCUGCACAGCAGCGAGCUGACGCUGUCGCAGCUGCAGCUGGCCAAGGAGCAGCUGGGCGCCUACAAGUCGCGCUAUGCUCGGCGCCUGAGCAGCGCCAAUCUGUUGCGGAUCAAUCAGCUAAUCUUUGUGGUGCGACGCCUGCUGCAGCUGCUCCAGCUGGACGCCGAGCCACGCAUGCUGCGCACCUAUGAGCUCAGCUCGGAGGGUGACUUCUUCAACAUCGAUCUGCAUGCCGUGCUGCAGUUCUGCAGCCGCACAAGGUUCGCCCAGAAGCUGCAAGGCUUCAGCCAGCAGCAGCUGCGUGAACCGCUGCCCAGCGAGAAUCGUCCGCCUGCCACACAGCAGCUGCUCCAACGCCUGGCCAAGGAGCAUCAGCUCAGUCAGAUGACCAAGAAACGCAAGCUCCAAGAGGAGCAGCAGGAGCAGGAGCAGAAACUAUCUCUUGAGCAGCCAAUGCAGCUCAAAGCGGCAAUCCCUUCCCCGAUUCGACCACUCCUCGCCUUCCUGGAGACGCUCACCAGCGAUGCAGCCGAUGGCAGGAUUCUGCUCAAUCCCAAGGCGCAAACAGUCAAAUAUCUGCUGCUCAAUCCUGCCGAGCAUUUUGCGGACAUUGUCGCCGAGGCGCGUGCCCUCAUCAUUGCCGGCGGCACAAUGCAACCCACACAUGAAUUGACCGCCCAACUCUUUGCCCAGUGUCCGGAGCGCGUCGUGGAGCGUUUCUACAGUCAUGUGGUGCCUCCGGAUGCAGUGCUGCCCUUCGUCCUGCCCACUGGGCCAACAGGCGCCACACUCUGCUUCAAUUACGCCCAGCGUGCCAAUCCCCUCAUGCUCAAGGAGCUCACCAUGGUGCUGCAGAAUCUGUGCAGUGUUCUGCCCGCGGGCUUGGUGUGCUUUCUGCCCUCCUACGAUUACCUGGACACAGUGUAUGCGCAACUGCAGCAAAGUGGAGCCCUGCAGCGGAUCUCGCAGAGGAAGCGCAUCUUCAGGGAGUCAGCCGGCGGCAGCGUGGAGCAGCUGCUGCAGCAAUAUGCGGAGACCAUCGGAGAGGGCGGAGGCGCCUUGUUGCUCAGCGUUGUGGGUGGCAAACUGUCGGAGGGUCUCAACUUUGCCGACAAUCUGGGACGUGGUGUGAUCGUUGUGGGUCUGCCCUAUCCCAACCGUCACGCACCCGAGCUCAAGGAGCGCAUGCGUCACCUGGACGAGCAACUGGGCAAUGGAGCUGGCAACGAAUACUAUGAAAAUCUCAGCAUGAAGGCGGUCAAUCAAUGCAUUGGUCGCUCCGUGCGUCACAUCCGUGACUAUGCCUGUGUCUACCUGCUGGACGAACGCUACACGAAUCCACGCAUCCAGCAGAAGCUCCCAGCGUGGAUUGCACGUCAUCUGAACGUGGCCAGCGAUGGAUUUGGUGCCGUUCAAGCGCGCACAGCGCGUUUUUUCAAAACCAAGAGUCAGGCAUUAAAACCGGAACCGUAACCGAUAAACGGUAUUAACCGUAAGUAACCGAUUCACAUAUGACGGUUAAGAUCGGUUCAACGAAGUAUUAAAUUCAAUUAUGUUAAGGUGUAAUCAUUGCUUUCCAAAAUACAUUUGAUUUUUAAUU